CGGAUGCAUGUAAAAGAGUCGGGGAAGCUUCGACAUGUCGACCACGGGUCCCAUAAGUAAUUAUUAUGUGGACUCCUUGAUCAACCAUGAAAACGAGGAUGUCCUUGCUGCAGCUCGGUUUUCCGCUCCCGGUUCUCACCCAACCGGCCCUCGUACGACGUCCCUAGUACCGGAGUGUGCCGACUAUCCUUCCUGCAGCUUCGCACCCAAGCCUCCCGUCUUCUCCACCUCAUGGACCCCUGUACACUCCCAGUCUUCAGUGGUUUACCAUCCAUACAGUCACCAGCCUCACUUAAGCACAGACUCGAGGUAUAUGCGGUCAUGGCUGGAGCCGAUAUCAGGCGCGGUGCCUUUCCAUGGCUAUCCGGGGAACAGCAGGCACUAUGGGCUGAAGCCCGAAGCCUUUCAGGAGCACAGAGCCGCGGAGUGUCUCGGCUCCAGCGGACGUACCUACACGGAUUAUCUGUACUGCUCAUCCACUGACAUGCGAGACAAGACGCUGCAGAGUAUCCCUUCACCCGAGUCGGAGCUCCUUGCUUCAGGGAAACAUAAAGACGAGAAGCCGGAGCUAGAUCCGAAUAACCCUGUGGCAAAUUGGAUACACGCACGCUCCACGAGGAAGAAGCGAUGCCCUUACACAAAGUACCAGACUCUUGAACUGGAAAAGGAGUUUUUGUUCAAUAUGUACCUUACUAGAGACCGCCGUUUUGAGGUCGCUAGGGUCCUGAAUCUGACCGAGAGGCAGGUCAAAAUCUGGUUUCAGAACCGGCGAAUGAAGAUGAAGAAAAUGAACAAAGAAAAAUCCGACAGAAAAGAACAAUAAUGUGAACUGCAGUCACAAAGCAACAAUAAUAACCACUAGUCACAUGGACAGCACAGAUGUACCAAAUCAACUCUCCCAAUCCCUUCAUAUUUAUCACUUAGUUGGAUUUUUUGUAUUAACCUUAAUCUUCGAGACUGUUUGAUGCUGAUUGUUAUUUUCCAGUGCACAUUUAUAUGUCCACCGUAUAGGACAAAAAGGAAAAAAAACUUCUGAAGAGAUAAUUACAUUCUGCUUUCACUUCGAAAUACCUUUGUGUUUUUUUUGUAAGAGAGAUAUUACAAGUGCAGUUUAGACACGUUAAAACUGUCUGAAGAAAGAGAAUACUUGAAUUCUUUUGAAUUUCACAAAUCCAUAAUUUAUGAUGUAAAUGUUUUCUUUCAUGUUUAUUUCCUUUGUACUUUUGUUGUGCAAGUGUAGUAUUUUGUACAGAAACAGAGCAUCUGUGACCAGACUUGUUUGUCUUGUAUUUUGUGAUAGUUGUAUUUGUGCAUCUCCUUUUUUGAUUGUAGCUAACGAGUUUAAAUAUAGAGUGUAGAUUCAGAUCUCUGCAAAUAUAAACUUAAUCACUAAGUCGUUGUAUGCUGUAUUCAUUUUUUAUUUAAUGUGGAUAUGAUGUUUGCAUGUGAACGCAUAAAGGUCCUUUUUAGGAACAAACAGAAUCGCAUUCAAUAUCAGUUUUAAUAUUGUCCUGAUUAAAAAAACGGCAGAAAAUGU